CGAAGAGAGUGCCCCAUUACCAGUAGUCUGCAGUUGGCGCCCACUUUUGCUCAGUCGUCUGAGAACGGUGCAACGGAUUAAACAUGCUCGAGACUUCGAUCUCAUUUACAAUUUUCCACCUGCUCUGGCUGGUGUCCUUCGGUGUGGCUUACAGCCUUCCGCCGGUGGUGCAGCUGGGCGGUGCAAUUGUGGCUGCCGUGGAGCAGGACGCCGAGCAGGAAGCUGCCACCGAGGAGCGGCAGCGAGUGGAGCGGGAGUGGCUAACGAAAGCCGAAACCCAAUUGCACAGCCUGAUCAAUGACGAUGUGAGUGUAGAGGAGGUAAACAACAUGCUGGAUAGCUGGUCAACAGAAGGUCGCGGCAAGAACAAAAAGCAGAAAAAACUUAUGAAAAUGAUUUAUCCGUUACUGGCUGCCGCAGCUGUUGCUAAAGUAGUAUUGCUGCCAUUGGUCCUUAAAUGGCUGACUGCACUUUCGGCUUCGUCGUUUGUUAUGGGAAAAAUUGCGUUGGCCACCUCUGGACUAUUGGCGCUCAGAUAUAUACUAUCCGGAGGACAUGGCCACGAUCGCCUGGAGAUCAUUCAUUCUCAUGGACCAGCCGUAAAGGGUUUACAUGGCACUGACCUCUCCGCCGGCGCAAGCAAUUGGAUGCCUAUUCGACAGCCUUUUAUACCCCUAGGAAUAUCAAAAGAUCAUAACUUUGAAAACCUGUACAAGCCAUUUUUAUAGACCCAACCGCAAUGAGAGUAAAAGUGUUUGGGAUAGAGAAAGGGCAAUAAAUGCUGUUCCCAUAAAAAAGUUCUUAUUAAAUUUGAA